ACCAUUCACCUCCCGCGCCAGUCCCACUGGAUAUCUGGUCUUCAUUUUCACAUCCAGCACACAGAAUACCUGCGUCUUAUCAAAGGCGCGAUAUUCAUCCGCCGCGGAGACUUGAUAAAGAUAAUAUCUACGAAAGAGGCAGAUAGGAGCGGGAGAUGGGGUAAUUCAGUGAUAAAAAUAGACCCUUACGUCCGUCACAACUGGGGUCGCGCAGAGCAUUAUUUUUGCCAUGUUAUAGUUGAGGAGUGGACGACGCCAUCAGACAUCAGUAAACCUCUAUUCUUCUGGAAUUUGAACGGUAUCUUGACUUCUUCCUCUCCCCCACCAACUACCUUCUUCCAACGGCUCGCUCGUACCCUCCUGGGAACAAAUUACAUCACUCUCCAGCUCUUCGUGGUAUUCCGUACCCUCGAUAACUUUCCCAUUUUCCUUGACCUGGGGGCUGUAGGAGACGGGGUAUGGAUCAGGGGAACCGUUGCUAAGAACACAGCACGUGGUGUGGAAUUUGGUUUGACGUAUUUGGUGUUGGUUAUUGCGGCGGCUGUGGGGUGGUUGGUUGGAUUCAAGGCUGUAGGUGAGGAGAGGACGCCAGGGGAUUUGUGGGAGGCGUGGAGGAAAGAAGGAAGGUAGGAAAGGAGGAAGGAAGGAAGGUAAGAAAGAAAGAAAGAAGAAGGGAAGGUAGGAAAGAAAGAAGGAAGGAAGGAAGUAGGGAAGGAAGGAGGAGUCGAAUGUUGAGAGAUUG